GUAUUUGGGUAAUUCUGUUCCUGUCAUAUAACAGCGAGAUCGGGGACCUGUUGUUGUGUAGCACUUACUUCCGUGCCAUUAGGGGUGGACGUUACUUAUCUUCGUAAACUAACCUAAUUGUGUGGUGUGAUAACGCAGCACCAUGUUGACAGCACAGAAAGCGUGUGCGUCCUUGGCUGCCCAGCGGUUAUUAGUGGCUGCCCGCACCGCUCCCUGUCUAGACACCUACCAGCGCAGACGUUUCUGGACCGCGACAGCACGGCGCGAUGAGAUCAAGCUGCACGAAAGCUGGGCUAACCUGGCCAAGAAACAGCUGAAAGGGAAGAAUCCUGAGGACCUGAUCUGGCGCACGCCGGAGGGCAUCUCCAUCAAGCCAGUGUACACUAAAGUCGACUCAGCAGCUGGUGCUGAUGAAAUUCCAGGGGUGUUCCCCUAUACUCGGGGUCCUUACCCCACUAUGUACACGUCCAGGCCCUGGACAAUUAGACAGUAUGCAGGUUUCAGCACAGUGGAAGAGAGUAACAAGUUUUACAGAGACAACAUUAAAGCUGGCCAGCAGGGUCUUUCUGUGGCCUUUGACCUACCCACUCACCGUGGAUACGACUCUGACAAUCCCCGUGUCCAUGGCGACGUGGGCAUGGCCGGUGUGGCUAUCGAUACAGUGGAGGACAUGAAAUUGCUCUUCGACGGCAUUCCCCUGGAGAAGAUGUCCGUCUCCAUGACGAUGAAUGGCGCGGUCAUCCCGGUGUUAGCCAUGUUCAUUGUGACGGGCGAGGAGCAGGGUGUGGGCAAGGAGAAGUUGACCGGCACCAUUCAGAACGACAUCCUCAAGGAGUUCAUGGUGCGCAACACCUACAUCUUUCCUCCGGAGCCCUCCAUGCACGCCAUUGCUGACAUAUUCGCCUACACCUCUAAGAACAUGCCCAAGUUCAACUCCAUCUCGAUCAGUGGUUACCACUUGCAAGAGGCUGGAGCUGAUGCUAUCCUGGAGCUGGCCUACACCAUUGCCAACGGACUGGAGUACUGCAGAACUGGCCUCAAAGCUGGCCUGACCAUUGAUGAGUUUGCUCCCAGGUUGUCCUUCUUCUGGGGCAUUGGCAUGAACUUCUACAUGGAGAUUGCCAAGUUGCGGGCUGCCAGACGCCUGUGGGCUACACUGAUCAAGGAGAACUUCCAGGCCAAGAACGCCAAGUCCCUGUUGCUGCGGACCCACUGCCAGACCUCGGGAUGGUCCCUAACUGAACAGGACCCAUACAACAAUGUGGUCCGCACAGUCAUCGAGGCCAUGGCGGCCGUGUUCGGCGGCACCCAGUCUCUCCACACCAACUCGUUUGACGAGGCGCUAGGCCUGCCCACCAUCAAGAGUGCCCGCAUCGCCCGCAACACCCAGAUCAUCAUCCAGGAGGAGUCAGGCAUCCCCAAGGUGGCAGACCCCUGGGGUGGCUCGCACAUGAUGGAGACGCUGACUAACGAUGUCCAUGAUGCUGCGCUGAAGUUCAUCAAUGAGAUCGAGGAGAUGGGGGGAAUGGCGCGGGCAGUGGCUGAGGGUAUCCCCAAACUGCGCAUCGAGGAGUGUGCUGCUCGGAGACAGGCACGCAUUGACUCAGGGUCAGAGGUCAUUGUCGGAGUAAAUAAGUACCGCCUGGAGAAAGAGGAGACGGUGGAAGUGUUGGCAAUCGAUAACACCAUUGUGCGCAACAAGCAGAUUGACAAACUUAAAAAGGUGAGAGAGACUCGUGAUCCUGAGGCUGUGACGAGAUGCCUGGCGGCCAUCGAAGAGUGCUCUCGCACCAGAGAAGGCAACCUCUUGGCGUUGGCAGUGGAGGCGUCCCGGGCAAGGUGCUCGGUGGGAGAGAUCACUGAUGCCAUGAAGGCCGUGUUCGGGGAGCACAAGGCAAGCACGCGCAUGGUGAGCGGAGCUUACCGCAGUGAGUUCGGCGAGCUGGAGGAGAUUUCCGUGUGCCACAAACGGGUGGUGGAGUUCAAAAGUCAUGAGGGCAGAAACCCACGUCUCCUGGUGGCUAAGAUGGGACAAGACGGCCAUGACCGGGGGGCAAAGGUCAUCGCCACAGGAUUCGCUGAUCUGGGCUUCGAUGUUGACAUUGGACCCCUCUUCCAGACGCCCGUGGAGGUGGCUCAGCAGGCGGUGGACGCGGACGUGCACUGCGUCGGGGUCAGCACGCUGGCGGCCGGCCACAAGACGCUGGUUCCCGAGCUCAUCAAGGAGCUGAGGAACAUGGGCCGCCCCGACAUCCUGGUCAUCUGCGGCGGAGUCAUCCCACCCCAGGACUAUGAGUUCCUGUACGAGAGUGGGGUGUGCUGUAUCUUCGGGCCUGGGACCAGAAUCCCACAGGCAGCUGUGGAGGUCGUCGACAGCAUCGAGAAGAGUCUGGAGAAGAAUCGGCAGGCCAUGUAAACACACAGGCUAUAUUUAGACUGCUGGAAUUUGCUGUGGCCUUCUGACACUAGUGUUUAGAGAGAAAAAUGUUUUUGUAUGUUUUGUAGCAGCAGGGGUUGAGAUUUAAUACAGAAGCCGGAAUAGACUUGCCUCGUUUCGCUGGUCUGAACUGCUCUGAAAGCGUACUCCUCAUUGCCAUCACUCUGAACACUUUAAUGGCUGUUUGUUUGAAGUAACAAGGGAAGAUAAAUUGUUCAUAGGCUAAUGUGUAGUUCUGUCCAUGGAUCGAAGUGGAUUUCUGACUCGGCAGCCGUCAUUGUAAAACACUGAAAUAUCAGAUCAGUUGAUACUUACGUAUGGGGACUUUGUUUAAGUUUUUUGGGUUGAACAUGAUUUUGGUGACAUUUAGCUAUUUUCUAUGUGUGAUGUCAAUGAAGCUACAGUAUAGUGUAGCCCUGUCAACUUUCCACUGAACCAAAUCUUGGCAUCAUUCUGAAAUACCAAAAUGUUGGUUAAUUUUCAACUUCCUCAUUGACAUUUAAUUUUGUCCAUCCUUAAUCAGUAUUGUACUGCACUCAAAAAUACCCUGUUUCAAUUGAGGAUCUUUUGUGUAUAAUGUCAGAUCUGCGAUUGCUCAAACACCCCUCAACUCACAGCCCCACCCUGGGGACGGGAUCAGAACCUUUUGUCCUCUUGACCCCUUGACCCUGCCCUGGCGUACUGUACAGUAGGUCCGCUCGGCGGAUGAAAGUGUGAUGAUGGGAGGCAGGUUUCUCCCUCCGUCUCUCUCCCUUUUCCUCCCGCGAUGUUCCCAUCGCGUUCUUCACUCAGUGCUGUCUUCUUCCCAACCCUCUCUCCCUCCCUCCCUCACUCACUUGCUUCCUUUCCUUCUGUCUCUAAUCUCCACACUCUCUCACACUCCAUCCCUCCCCCCCUCCCUCUCGCUCGCUCUCACUCUCACACACACACACGCGCGCGCACACACACACACACACACACACACACACUUACUUUCUUUUCUGUGUCUCACCCCAUUGGUGGUACGAACUUUUAUACAUCCUACACCACAGUGGAGUCUACUGCAACAGUGGAGUCUACUUCUUGUGUGUGUGUGUGUGUGUGUGUGUGUGUGUGUGUGUGUGUGUGUGUGUGUGUGUGUGUGUGUGUGUGUGUUUGCAGGCCUAGACCCAGUCGCACACAUUCAUUGGCUUAGCAUUACUCCCCUGUUGUUGUUGUUGUCAUGGUUAUUCCUGUUGUCGUGCUUUUCUCCUAUGUUUCCCUCUUUCCUCAUCUUCUGUUUCUUGCGUGUGCUUCCUUCAUUUCUUCUUUCUUCUUUCUACCCAUUUUCAUCUCUUCAUCAUCAUAAAAAAAAACCCUCAUCAUAAAAAAACAAACCCUCGUGACCACUAUAACGCAUCCAAAACGGAUAAUAACCAUAAAGGCUUGAGGUGUAAUCCACAUUAGGCCGGAUCCAAGUCAGACUCCCUUGCAGAGGCCCGUGAUUGGUCAGCUAGAGACUGUGUCAACAGCACUUAUCAGCCCCUACUUUCCAUUGUGUGGUCUCUUUGGCAACUGAGAGAGCACUAAUUCUGCCUUUGUAACAGUAACCUGUCAGGAGGGUCUGUUUGCCUGUGCCUCUUGCCUAAGCUGCCUCUUCCUCUUCCUCUUCCACUGACACAUUGAUCUAAUCGGGACACAUAUUUAGUGGAUCUCAAUUGACAGUUUAGCAUUGUUGGUGUGGGGGGGGGGGUUAAGGAAUCUUAGGGAUUUAAAGAUCAAUCAAGUAACCUCUCAAAAACAUCAAUAUCACUAAUAAUCUUCGCUGUCUUUGAAAAGCUUUUAGAGGCACCUCCAUUGACAUGGCCUACAAACUGUAAUGCAUUGAUUUGUCACUGAAUGGCAAAACCACAGGUGUCCAUGCAGACAAGGCUUUCUGUAAGAUUCCCACUGCUUGUUGUAAGAUCAAGAGACGUUGACAAGCUAGUAGAGAAUGAGAACAUGCUAGUGGUGGAAGAACAAUGCCAUAUUUAAAAUAACAGCCUCUUUAAUUACCUUAAUUUUCUUAAAUGUCUCAAUUAUGGAGUGUCUUCUCUAAUUAGUGUAAAAAUGAUGGCAGCCAUUGACUUAGCUCUUAGCGAAGACCCAAGGAUUCUGUUUUGGUUGUGUGAGCGUGUGAGCGUGUGUGCGUGUGUGCGUGUGUGUGUGUGUGCGUGUGCGCAUGUACAUAAUUUACUUAGAUUUGGUCAGGACUGUGAAUGAUUCAUGAUGAGUCAGGGCAUUGUGUGUGGAAAAAGACUGAUUUGUAGGUUUUUGCUGGAGGGAAAUAUCAUCAUGCAUCCUCAUGUUUCCACAUGACUAGAAUGUUGAUUGUUUGAAGCCUUGAACUUUGUCAGAGGAAAUUAAUAAAAAAAAUUAAUAACGUU